AUGAGGGUGUUCUCGCCGCAGCUAGGAACCAAAGCUGAAGAUCACCCUGCUAAGGAGCUGUGGAAUGAGGGUGUUCUCGCCACAGCCAAAGAGCCCGAGGCAUGGUCUCUUUGCUGUGGAAUGAGGGUGUACUCGCCGCAGCUAGGAACCAAAGCUGAAGAUCACCCUGCUAAGGAGCUGUGGAAUGAGGGUGUUCUCGCCACAGCCAAAGAGCCCGAGGCAUGGUCUCUUUGCUGUGGAAUGAGGGUGUACUCGCCGCAGCUAGGAACCAAAGCUGAAGAUCACCCUGCUAAGGAGCUGUGGAAUGAGGGUGUUCUCGCCACAGCCAAAGGAACAGCCUUGGAAGAGUGGGAUAUGUGUUAUGGAGGAGACAGACAGUGGACAAGGAUUCUUGGUCAGGGUACUCGGAUGGCUACUACGGGACGCGAGGUAUAUUUGCUAGGAAUAGCACAAAGAUACUUCGUUGAACAUAUGUUGAUCGAGCAUACGGUGGCAGAGGUACGCGUGCAAGCGCGUGAGCGCGUAGAAGUAGCCACAAAUCAAUAUGAGCAAUUGUGUGCGCAGCUCAACUGUCACUCUGCACCACACGCUAUGGUGCUAUCCGUGACAAACACCCAAUACUCCUUAGCUGAAUGUUAUAGCCGUGGCACUGUACUUCCUAUCGCUGAAGGUCGCAAUGCUGUUGUGACUAUUCUCAUGAAGAAUGAAAUGAUUGAGUACGGCGACCUCAUUGAAACCAUUUUUCAAGUUCAAUCGAUCACUACAUAA